AUGCACGAAAUAGAGGAAGGUACGAGUGAAAAUACGAAGCGAAAAGAGCAGAUCCUCUUUGUCUCGUUUCGUCGCGGCGCUGUCGCGUGCCUUCGCGACAAAAGCCCAGGGUCACGAACCGCCCAGUUACGCUGCGAGGAAAAGGAAACCCGUGGCCGUGGCGUUCGGCUUCGGGCACCGCGGGUCGCCUUGCACCGGAGACACUCCAGCAACGGUACUCCAGGCUGUAUAAAGUUCAUUAAUGAACCACUCACCGGGUUUGUUAAUGAGCCAACACCUAUGUCAUGCCCCGAGAGGUGCCGUUGGAUCGUUUCGAAUCGGUCAAGCACAGAUUAG